UGUUGUUUCAGCCUUUAGCGAGAUUGUUCUUGAUACAGUCGUUUUCGAUGACUUUGAGAGGUUCCCACCGACUGCAGCUACAGUUAGCUCUUCUCUUCUUCUGGGAAUCUGUGGUCUACCUGAUACAGUUUUCCGCGGCUCGAAACCACUGAAUCUCGACUCUCUUGCAUUUCCAAUAAGGCUAUGGUCAACGUAGGUGGCGAUCUUGUCAAACUCGUUCCAGGUCGAGUUUCAACUGAAGUGGAUGCACGUCUUGCUUAUGACACAAACGGCAUUAUCCGCAAGGUUCAUGAUCUGCUGAGGCUAUACAAUGAAAUCGAUGUACCACACGACCGGCUCCUAUUCAAAAUCCCUGCAACUUGGCAAGGUAUUGAAGCUGCAAGAUUGUUGGAAUCUGAGGGAAUCCAAACGCAUAUAACCUUCGUUUACAGCUUUGCUCAAGCUGCAGCAGCUGCUCAAGCCGGUGCUUCUGUCAUUCAGAUUUUUGUCGGUCGCCUCAGGGACUGGGCGCGUAAUCAUUCGGGAGAUACCGAGAUUGAAACUGCUAUUAAAUCCGGAGAAGAUCCUGGUUUGGCCUUGGUGAGAAGAUCAUAUAACUACAUUCACAAGUAUGGUUACAAGUCCAAGCUGAUGGCUGCUGCUGUCCGGAACAAACAAGACUUGUUCAGUCUUCUCGGGGUCGAUUAUGUGAUUGCACCGUUAAAGGUACUGCAAUCUCUCAAAGACUCACCUGCCAUUCCGGACGAUGAAAAAUACUCAUUCGUUCGGAAACUUACUCCUGAAACAGCAACGCAUUACAACUUCACCAACAAAGAGCUGGUCAAAUGGGACCAGCUAAGCAUGGCUUCAGCUAUGGGUCCUGCAUCAGUGGAGCUUUUAUCAGCUGGUGUCGAAGGUUAUGCGAACCAAGCCAAACGCGUUGAAGAGCUCUUUGGGAAGAUUUGGCCACCUCCUAAUGUCUAAGAACAAAGCUUUUCCCUUCAUCACUAAGCUUUUUCAUGUGUCUUGUAGUAAGUAGUUCAUCAUGGUUUCUGGUCUGAGACUUCUUCCGCUACAAGAAGAGACUAAAACUAAUCUUUGUCAUGUUGUUUCGUCUGAAACUUUAGGGUUGUUUUCUUCUGUAAAAUGACUUGGUAGGUUCUCUCA